UCUUACAGAAUAAGUAGGCCUAGAUAAAACCAAGUCCAAAGAGUAUCUAAUUGAUACGAAUUCAUAGACACGUAUGAUGAUGUAUGUACUGAAAGCGCUUAUUUAUCAUGUACUAUAUAUGUGCAUAUGCAUGUAUGUGUAAAUGACCAUAUAGAAGUAUGAGUUUGAAUAUGCAUGUGCAAAUCUGUGUAUGGGCGGAUCACAGUAUGUAUGUAGGCUAUGUAUUAUUCAAUCAAUUGAAACAGUGAAAAGAAACUGUGUUAGAUUCUCUCCGUAUCAUGAGUCCACUUUAAUCAUUUCCAACAAUAAUGAUAUGGUAUGGUUUACUUAUAACACUGUCAUAUAAUUAUGAGUGCUUUCAACCCCCAUGUAGUUGCAACCCGGCCACUAAAAGGACUUGGGAGCAAGUCAAAGUGAAGCACAAAAACAUAAUUCAGGCUGCAAACAAGAAAAAGGCGGAUAUGCUGAAGACGGGGGGAGGACCCCGAGGUCCUGAGCUAACCCCUGCUGAGGAGCUGGCCCUGGCCAAUAACAGGGGAAGGCCAAUCAUGCAGGGCAUAGCUGGGGGCAGCUCCUCUGGAGAGGUGGUGGCAGGAGAGAAUCCGUAUGUCCAAGUGACCGGAGGUUUGAUCACACUCCUGCAGCCACCUCCCAAUGUGUUGGUCAGGGGAGAGGAGCCCACUGAUGAGGUUGGUCUAGACGAUGAGGACACACUUUCCGCCUUCUCCAGCGAUUUGGCAAAUCCUGCUGGACCACGGCCUGCUCCGCCGGAGCCUGGCCCUUCUCGCUCUUUGGGAACUGGGGAUGGGGAGACUGACACUGAAGAUGUGCGCACGCUAUACAAGCGCUACUUGCGUGCCAAGAUUCACAACCUCAACUUAAGCUCAAUUAAGCUGGAUUUGGAGGUUAAAAUGCUUAAAUGGCAGCUGAAUGAUGACCAAUAAAGGGGAAAAAAUAAAGGCUUUAUUGUACAACAUGGAUCUCUUACAUUAUUCUUCAGC